AUGUCACCAAAAAAGGAUGUAAUCUCGACAGUGAGAGCGCCCGCACCUAUCGCACCGUACAGUCAAGGCGUCAGAGCCGGUGAUUACCUAUUUAUUACGGGACAGAUAUCAACAGACGUGAGUCCUCAGGCACCGGUCGUCGGCCAAAUACGAGACCACUUUGAACAAUGUGUUGGCCGUUACGGAGGCCGCCGGCGGCUCAGCCGAUGA